UCAGUGUUUACAAAAGGAACACUUCGAUGAAGCAGGGCACCUUCUUUUCUUAUUUUCUUUGACUGCGUGAAGUCCAGGGAGCUAAAUGACAACAGUGGGGCCUUCUCGUCGCAAGUGGAUGUGUUAACAGAUUGCUGAUAACUCUUUAAAAAGUUGUAGCUACCAGACACCGUGUAUGUGCCCCCCGCAGCCGCUGGACCAUGGCAGAUGACAAAGACGUGCUGCGGGAUGUGUGGUUCGGUCGGAUUCCCACCUGCUUCACACUCCACCAGGACGAGGUGACCGAGCGGGAGGCUGAACCCUUCUACCUACUCCUGCCAAGAGUCAGCUACCUGACACUAGUCACAGACAAGGUGAAAAAACACUUCCAGAAGGUGAUGAAGCCAGAUGACGUGGAGGAGAUGUGGUUUGAGUAUGAAGGAACGGCGUUGAAAUGGCACUACCCGAUAGGACUGCUGUAUGACCUUCACGCGUCUAACACUGCACUCCCCUGGAGUAUCUUUGUGCAUUUCAAGAACUUCCCCCUGCAAGACCUGCUGCACUGUCCCUCCAACUCUGUGAUUGAGGCGCACUUCAUGUCCUGCAUCAAAGAGGCCGACGCGCUGAAGCACAAGGGUGCAGUGGUCAAUGAGAUGCAGAAGAAGGACCACAAACAGCUGUGGAUGGGUCUGCAGAAUGAUAAAUUUGACCAGUUCUGGGCCAUGAACAGGAAGCUGAUGGAGUACCCUAUCGAAGAGAGAGGCUUCCGCUACAUUCCCUUCAGGAUAUACCAGCCAACGAGUGACCGACCGUUUAUUCAAAAGCUGUUCCGACCCGUCUCUCCAGACGGCCACGUCCAUACGCUGGGCGACUUGUUGAAGGAGAUGCUGCCCGCCGCCAUACCCAAGGACAAUGAGAAGAAAAAGUACCAGGUCGUGAUUCACGGGAUUGAACCGAUGCUGGAGACGCCUAUCCAGUGGCUUAGUGAACACCUGAGUCACCCAGACAACUUUCUCCACAUCAGCAUCAUCCCAGCGCAGUGCGACUGAGAGCCCCGUUUGCUGAGACACGAGAGACAUUUUUCUUUCAUUGGUGUCUGAAACUGGAAACUAGAAACGGGCUAAAUGUAACCAGUAUGGCCAAGUAUGUUUCCAGAUCCAGAAGGAGAUCUUCCAGCUUCCCCUGUCUCUCCCCAUCCAUCGUAAACCUGUAGCUCCCUCUUUUGUGUUUAGUUCUUAAUAAGUCCAUUUCUCUGCUUUCCUUUGUCACUACUCCCCCCUUUUCUGUUCCCCCCCCACCCAUGGAAUUGUUCUGGAGUAACCUGAAAAGAACAGCCUGAAGGCCAAACAGGAAGUACGGGAUCCCGUAAGCUGACAGAGAUAAGAGGGGGUGUCUCCUGUCUAGCUACCGCCUCCUGCCGUGGUUCCCACAGGCUUCCUCAUCCUCUCCGUUUUCCAGCUUUCUUAGGAACCCCCCCCCCCCACCACCACCACCCACGUGAAUGAGUUUGGAAUCCUCUGGGGCUGACAGUCAGAUACAUGCAUGGGGGAUUUUCUUUUUGCAGAGUAAAGUCUUGCUGGUGUGACUCCUUCAAACGCCUUAGUCUCCAGAGUUAGACAGUUUGCGGAAUGGUUUCAUUUUUUUUUUAUUUUAUAUAUUUCACUUUUUUCGCCCUUUUAAUGUCACUGAAAAUUCACGUAAGGGAUGUUUUUGUUUCCCUUUUUUUGUACAUAAUUUACUGCCGAUCAUCUUAGAUCUUUUCUCAGCUAAUUAUCGGAAGGCAUUCUGAGCUUGGUUAAUUAGACCGCUAAACUACUCCUUCCUCUUUUUUUGGCUCUGUGUAAUGCAUGUGUGGGGGGGUAUAAUUAUUUUAAUGGUCCACAGUUUUGACAUUAUUUAUGGGCAGGUUGUGAAAGUUGGAGGGGGGGGGGGGAGCAUUGUGUAGGUGUGAAAAGCAACAACGGAAUUCAUCUGGCUCUGUCUGGCUUAGCAACUCUCAUUUCAAACCCCACAAUUACGUUGGAUUCAGGUUUUUGAAGGCACAAAAGGCAGGCUGGACGGUUACAGAGCUUCUCGUGCCACGAUCUGACGAGCAGACUUUUCAAAAAGAAAAGAAAGUGUCAGUUUUAUAUGCAAGCAGACGUCGACAGCAUAUUUCUUCUUUAUUGUGACGGAGGGGAGGCCCUCUCUCCCAUGGAGGCUCGUUGGGCCGUCUCCGAGACGAUGAGGACAUUUUGCGGUGACGAACAAGGACAGAUGAAAACAGCAUUGGCCACACUGGGGCUCUGACAAACUUUUCGUCAUUCUUUGGAGUGUCCCCCCCCCCCCCCACAUCUCUCUGUUGAUCCCACAUUAUGGCCUGGCUACACUCUUAAUCUUUUACAGAAGAUAAUCAUUUAAAUAGUCAAAAAUCUGGUUAAUUACUCACGGCAGAACAACUGCAACGCUAAAUGAAAACAUUAUGAAUAGAGAUUAUCGGCCUGUGUUUCACGAUUUUUCAGUCAUUCUGUCUGCGUUUGAGGUAAAAUGAUUGUAAAUUUCAUAAGAUUGUCACAACGCAUUCACUCAUUUGCGUCCGUCAAAAAUGUCUAAAAGUUUAAUGUAAGCGAUAUCCUGGUCACAAACUGUGUUCUAGGAGUCAGACCAUUGACGCAAGUUCAGACCCUUCAAGAUCAUAGCCAAACCUCUCCAUCUUCCAGCUGUUGGAUGAGCUUGGGAGGUUUUGUGGCCAUUAGCUCGUGGUGUUUGUGUUUGUGGAUGAGGGACCGCAGGAGACCAACACAGGCAGAUGCCACGCAGCUUCACGCCGCAGCUGAGAAUCGUUACUUAUUUCUUGGAGAGUGUGACUGUGACUUCCCGCCACCAUGUCUGUAAAACGCGACAGGAGUGGGGCGAGUCCCGGCUCCUUCCGCAGGUCUGCUUUUGGCUGCUCUCAUCACGUUCACCAGAUGACUUUGCUCCAGUGCUUGUUGACAAACAGAUUUAAUCUUGCACUUCCUGCUGGGAGAAGGCCCGUAGUUGACAAGCCCUAUUGAAGGGGGAACAAAUAGAAAACAUGGUUUAGCAGUCGUUUUCCCAGCAUCCCCCCCCCCCCAGAUGGUUUGGAAUCAUCUGUUCCCUAUUUCAGCCUUGGAAUGUUCUGUUCCAGAAGUCACAUGACCUGUGUGACAGUGACACCAGUGGAGACUGUCACCUGAAUUUAAUACUGCAUUAAUGCCACAAAAGGGCAAAUGGGCAACCACCAGCCCUGUUCUCUGGCCCUUUUGUUCUGUGCAUAUUUGUAACAACCUUAAAUGUGCAUUUUAUCGGUGUCUUCAGAUAUCUUUCUGCAGUGGCUGUUCUUUACUGGUGCUUGACAGUCUUUUGCAUUGACAUUAAAAUAAAAUGAAAAUGUUUUGUA